UCUCUCCCCCUCUGUGCGCGCGCGCUAUAGCGGACACAUUGAGCGCUGUGUGAACAAACAAACCGAGGUGAAAGUCUCCGUCUGUUUAGUUUAGAAAAAGAUUUGAACAUCUUUUGAUCGAAGAGGAAACUUUAAAAGACUUCAGGAGAUUUAAAGGAGAAGAAUAAAAGCCGGAGUCAGACAUUAUACCGUGUUUCAGGUGUCCCCAUAAUGUUUGAAAAGCAGCCAUAUGACAGCCCCCCCAUGUACAGCCCUCCGACGAACAAUUACGGACCCCAGGGCAGUUUUCUCCCCCCUCAGAGUGAGUUUGACCCCUACCCCCCUCCUCCUGGGUCAUAUUAUGUAGGAGAGGAAGUACCACAACAUUUUUACAAAUGGACCUCUCCUCCCGGAAUCGUCAAGGUUAUGGAAGGUGCCAUUGUGGUGUUGUGUCUCGGAAUCUUUGUGUGCGUAGCGUCAACUCUGGUCUGGGACAUGCAGUACGGAAGCGCAUAUGGUAUGGGGUCAGGGUACGGAACUGGGUACGGAACUGGGUACGGAUCCGGGUUUUACGGAUCCGGGUACUACGGAUCCGGGCAAUAUGGCUCCAGCUAUUACGGAGGCUACAACUACGUGAGCCCGUAUUCCGCCAAAUCCGCUAUGAUUGCCAUGGCCGCCAUCAACUUCAUCGUGGCACUGGCCAUCUUCGUGGCUACCUUCUCCAAAACACGGACCAUCCGGAGCAGGAAGUUUUACCUGGUGGUGCUGGUGUCCUCGGUCAUUCUGGCCGUGCUGAUGGGCAUCAUCACUAUCGUGUACAUCGUAGGGGUGAACCCCAUGGCUCAGAGCACGGCCAACGCUCUCUAUAACCCCAUGCUGAUGAUGUGUCAGAGUCUGUACGGGAACAGUGUGAGUGGAAUGGGUGGGGGAUUCCCUCUCUACAACCAGUACCUCUAUCACUACUGCUACGUCGAUCCUCAGGAGGCCAUAGCGAUGGUGUGUGGUUUCUUGGUGGUGAUUGCGUUGGCUGUGGCCGCGUUCUUCUCCUAUAAGACGAGAAGCAGGAUCUGGCGCUAUGGGAAACCCAACGUGUACUGGGACGAGCCCCUGACCGGUGGUCCUGAGGGCAGAGAUGUAGAGGACUGGGUCAACAACAUGGGUGAUGGACAGAGUGUCCACGAGCCAUCGGUGAUGUUCUCAGAGAAAGGAGCUUUGCCUCUGAACAAGUCCCAGAGUGUGAUCUCCAUCCCCUUUAAGAGUGAGCCCUUCACCCCCCCAGCGUACUCAGAGCGUGUGUUCAGUCGUGCUCAGGAUCCAGAGAGCUCCAGUCCAUCUGAGAGAACAGACAGGAAGCCUGCAGCACUGCGGGGGAAACGGCGCAGGAGAAACCCUGAGCUGGACGAGUCUCAGUACGAAACUGAGUACACUACAGGGGGGGAGACGGGGACUGAAGUGGACCAGAGACACUGGAUCAGUGUGUACCCAGAGAUCACGUCCAGCUCUCAGAGACAGGAGUAUAAGAGGGAGUUUGAUUCAGAUCUGCGUUCGUACAAACAACUGUGUGCUGAAAUCGACGACAUCAACGACGAGCUGAACAAACUGAGCCGAGAGCUCGACACGCUGAGCGAAGGGACGAGUAAAUACCAGGCUGUUGCAGAGGAAUUUAAUCGUCUGAAAGACGUGAAACGGAUGCCGGAUUAUCAGGAGAAAAAGCAGCGCUGCCGUCACCUACGUCAGAAACUGUUCCACAUCAAACGCAUGGUGAAGGAAUACGACAGAGCUCAGUCCUAAAUCUCCAGCUGAACUUUAACCUAACAAACCCUCUGUGUGUGUGUGUGUGUGUGUGUGUGUGUGUGUGUGUGUGUGUGUGUGUGUGUGUGUGUGUGUGUGUGUGUGUGUGUGUGUGGAGCUCAGGUCUGCAGACCUGCCAACCUUCACGCAUUUUGUGUAGCAGAUACGCAUUCAGACAUCAAAGUACACUGCUACGAUUUGUCACUUUAAAAUACACAUUGUAAAGAAACAUUGAUGCCUUUGAGUCCAACUGUCUGCAUUAGUGCACCAGGCAAUGUGCCUAUGUGUGUAACCGCAUUGGGCAGCAACCUGGGACAAUAAUAACUCGACCAAUCAGAGCGCCAGUUUAAAACUCUUCAACGCUACAAGCGGAGAGCCGUCAAAACGGAUGUGGUUUCCAUCUGUCUCUGUCCGUCUUCAGUUCUUCUUACAGUGACUGUUUUUUACAAGUGAUGACUUAACGUUUCAAAGGUAAACGGCCAGAAUUGUGAAUUUCAUCCAUUUUAAUAAUCCUGCUGAACCACAGGCGUCGUUAGACUCCUUUACUGGGGCACGUGCCCAAGUGUCCGGUGUUGUGCCUCAAGUUUAACUUUUACACACAGAUCAAGUUUUACUUUAUUUACCAGUAUUUAUAUAGGAAACGUAAGUCAUGCCUGUAAACGCAUCGCCGUCGUACUUUAACGGAAAAGACAAACCGACACGAGCACGCAGACGUCAAUAUCCGCGAGCGUCUGUGUCCCUUUUAUAGCACGCAGUCAUGCUAUAACAUGACGAAACUAAUGUCAUUUUUUAAAUAUCGAUCAUAUUCUGACUCGAGUGUUACUGCCUCCUGUAGGUCACAUCUGAUGGACAUCAUAUUUGUUUGUGAAAAGCAGGGAAAUAGAAGCAGAAAGUAGAAAUGAUGAGGGAGGUGUUAUUAUAUGAUCAGCCAGUCAGAACCAUAGUGAAGUCUAGAGUCCUGCAUUAUUACUGAGAACAUUAACACAUGUGUGUGAUGUCAGAUAUGAAGUUACUGUUUAGUUCAUUAGAUCUAACUUAUGCCAAUACAUAAAGAGUUGUUAAAGUAGUUUUUAUAUGUUGCCUUUUCAAUAAGAGAGUUCUUCAUGGUCUACUUGUAUGUAGAAUAACUAGAUAUGGUGGUGAGUGAGAACUAUGUGCUAAGUAAUAAGUGGUGAUGAGUGAGCAUGUGAACUUAAUCAACACUGACCAGCAAAUGUGCCUGACCUCGCGCCGCGUCGCUAAAGCUGCUACUCAAACAUGUUUCCAAGGUUGGCAGGUCUGGUGUGAGUGUGUGUGAGUGUGUGUGAGUGUGUGUGAGUGUGUGUGUGUGUGUGUGUGUGUGUGUGUGUGUGUGUGUGUGUGUGUGUGUGUGUAGCUCAGGUCUGUGAGGACUUCCUAGUGUGUGUAAGUGUAAAGGUGUGGCUCAGUGUGAUAAGACCAGUGUGAAUCAUGCUGCAUUUUGUAAGCUAUAUAGAUAAUUGUACUUUAGGUGAUAAAAAGGGUGUGUGUGUGUGUGUGUGUGUGUGUGUGUGUGUGUGUGUGUGUGUGUGUGUGUGUGUGUGUGUGUGUGUGUUCAGGGCAGGUAUGUGUGCUUAUGAUCAGCUAUAUUGCAUAACAUUGUUAGAGGAAAAUAAUAAACACAAAGACUCCAUAUCACCACAUCGCUCAGUAAUUUACUGUAACUGACACACACACACACACCUGACACACACAGACACACACACUGACACACACACACACACACUGACAAACACAGACACACACACACCUGACACACACAGACACACACACACAGAGACACACACUCACAUACAGACACACACAGAUAGACACACACAUACAGAUAAACACACAUACAGACACACACACAUACAGAUAAACACACACAUACACACACACACACACAGAGACAUGCACUCACAUACAGACACACAUACAGACACACAUAUACAGAUAGACACAGACAGUGUUUGAGUGCUAGAACUGUUCCUGGAUGAAGUAAAUGAUGAAGGUGUGUAAAUGAUGAAGUUGUGUAAAUGAUCCACUCCAUGAUUUAAUCUGUGUUUAAACUUGCUUCCUGACGUGUGUGUGUUCAUUAUCGUGUAGUUAAUAUUCAGGCCGUUUUGUUUGUUUGUUUUUUUGGUGCUGAAUUCUUUUGUUUAGUGUUUUUUUUGUUUAAUGUUCUAAUCUCCUUUUUUUUUUUUUUAGUUUUUUAUUGUAUUUUUCAUUUUCUUGUAUUUAGCCACUGAACCCAAAACCUCUGAGUCUGAGACGCUGUAAGAGGAAACAUACAAAGAGUUUUAAUUACCUUAUUGUUUAACUAAGUCUUUUUUCAGUUUUGUGUGUAUUUUAUUGUAUUUAAUUUCAUCUUGUAAAUUUCACAACAUCAAAUUUUAUAUAAAGUUUUGGGUUUUGGUUUUUUUUCGGAGCCUCUCACUGUGAUCUUAAGUAAUUAUAGAAAAAAAAUCUCCACUAUAUAAUUGUGACAUUAAACACACCGUACUGAAUUAUUCUUCAAUCAGAAGCUUGUAUUUCACACUCCUGACUCCACAGUAAGGCCUGAGAUUCUACACUAUUUGUUUUUCGUUUGUUUUUCUGAACAAAUGUGCCACUGUGCAGCUCUGUGUAAGUACGUGCUGUUACAUCAUCAAUAUAGAUGAAAUCUGUGUGAUAUGAAGAGAUCAGAUUAAUUAUCGUCGUCGUCGUCGCCUCGUCACUGCCCUGUGUUUCUGAUGAUUAAUUAUGAUGCCAGAUCAGACGCAUGUUUACUUUCCUCUUAGAUUUCUGGGUUUAUUUCUGUAUAUUUUUAUUUUUCUACAAAAUAAUAAUGAUUCAUCAUAAAAUGCUCAGUUUGUGUUUAGUUUUUCCUUUUUUUCUUCAUAAUGACGUGUUUAAAGAAAAUGAUUUUUGCUGAAUAAACUGAGUUUGUAUUAA